AUGACAACAGCAACAACUGAUAAAAAACUUUAUGAUAUAUGUCAAAAAGCAAAAGGAAUAUCCAAAUGUGAAGGUUGUUCAAAAAUCUUUUGUUAUAAUCAUUUUGGGGAUCAUCGUCAAGAAUUAAAUAAACAAUUAGAUGAAGUUGAAGAACGUGAUUCAAUUGACAAAAUUCGACAAACAGCAGAUGAAGCCAGACAACUAUUACUAAAACAUACAGCUAAACAUAUUCCUGAUAUAGAAAUUAAGUUGAAUAAAUUAACUGAUCAAUUGAGACAAAGUCGUCAAGAAAAUGAUUUCAUUGAAACAGAUUUACAUCAAUGGAAAAAUCAAUUUAUUCAGCUAACCGAUGAACUUAACAAAUUAUCAAAUAUUACGAUUAAACAAGAUUUAGAAAUACUUGUGAACAAAAUUUAUGUUGAUAUAUCAACUAUGUCACCAUGUAAGAUAAAAAUUAAUGACAACACAAGAUGGUUACAAGAUGGUAUCACGAUUACUGGAGGCAAUCAAAGAGGGAAUGAAUUAAGUCAACUUGAUGGUCCAUGGGGCAUAUGUGUUGAUGACGACGAACAAACAAUCUAUAUCGCUGAUACUUUUAAUCAUCGCAUUAUAGAAUGGAAGUAUGGAGCAACACAUGGGCAAGUCAUGGCGGGUGGAAAUGGUCCAGGCAAACGAAUCGAUCAGUUGUAUGAACCAACAGAUUUAGCUGUUGAUAAAGAGAAAGAUUGUUUCAUUAUAUGCGACCGAGGAAACAGGCGAGUGGUGCGAUGGCCUCGUCGAAACGGCACAUGUGGACAAACAGUCAUCUCUGAUGUUCAGUGCUACGGACUAACAAAGGAUCAUGAUAAGUAUUUCUACAUUGCUGACCACGAGAGACAUGAAAUAAGACGAUGGCGAAUAGGAGAUACGUGUGAAACAGUAGUAGCAGGUGGUCAUGGAGAAGGUAAUCGUCUUGAUCAGCUCGAUAGUCCUGGUUAUAUCUUUGUCGAUAAAGAUUAUUCAGUUUACAUAUCAGAUGAGAAAAAUCAUCGUGUGAUGAAGUGGAUAAAAGGUGCAACAGAAGGAAUUGUUGUUGCUGGUGGUCAAGGUAAAGGAAAUGGUCUAGCUCAAUUGUCUGGUCCUCGUGAAGUGCUUGCUGAUCAGUUAGGUACCGUAUAUGUGACAGAUUGUGGAAACCAUCGAGUAAUGCUUUGGUCAAAAGGGGCUACAUAA